AUGACUCUCAAAACGAAACCAUUUACAAAAGACGGAGCUGUUACACCCAGCGAAGUCAGACUACAAACGCCACUCUUUGCACACGAAUGCUUCGCUUCACAUCCCACCGCGGACGACCGCGUUGACCGCGAGCUCGACGAUUAUGAGCCCUUUUCUCCGCCACAAGAAUGUCUCGACCGGGUAUUCUCUGAUUUGAGCAAACGAUUGCUAGAAGAAGAUCCUUUGGAAGGACGACGCGUUAGUGUAUCACAGUCGCCAAGUCUAUCGCCGCCGAAGGGGGGAAGAAAACCGCAACAGGGGGAUGCAACAAGUCCCGGAAACAAGAUUUAA